GAUGUGAAAUGAAACUUAGUGCAAUACAAAAAAGAGAGUGGUUUACCAUUUCAUUCCAAACUCCGAAAUCCGAUCAGACGGUUAACCUAAUUUGUGUAACGUGAUGAGUUUUAACUUUCAUUCUAUAAGUGCAUGCGAACACUUUCAUUAUUUCGGUUUUGCUGUUGCGCCGUAUUUGUUUAUAUUUCUUUGUCAUCGAACCACAAUAACAACUUAAUGGCACAUCACACGCUGAAAAAGUAGUAUUCUCUGCAGCAAAAACUUAAUUUUUUACAAAGAUCUCAUUGCAAUAUGGUGCGUUUGGUUUACGUCUUAACGAUUUGUGUGUUUUUCUCAUUAACGAAAGGUCUAACACAUGAUAAGGCAGUUGUUUGUUAUUACGAGUAUGAAAGUGAAUUGAAAAUUGAACGUGUCGAUUUGAAUUUGUGUUCACAUGUCAUUGCCAUCGAUCGUGUGUGGGGCGAAAGAUUUGAAAUUAGUGAAGAUCCAUGGAGUAGUUCGAGAGAUAAGAGUAAAGACUAUGCACGAUUAACGAGAUUGAGACUAAAAUGGCCAAGACUGAAGAUUUUGCUCGCUCUCAAACGUAAUUUUCGAGACUACCUCGAAAUGGCCAAACAACGAAACCAAAUAUUUGUUAAAAAUGCAACGGAAUUUGCAAUAAAUCACCAAUUCGAUGGGAUUGAUCUAUUGUGGGAUUUUUCAAGAUAUCAAGACUACAACUACAAAUACCUGUUCGAUGAAAAAUACAACGAAGAAACCUUCAUAAAUUUCAUAAAAUCGUUGAAAACCAAUUUUGCGUCGAAUAAUUUAACGCUAACCACAACGAUCAUUGCGGUGCACGAAAAAAUACUAUUGCAUCUCAGUAUGUUUGAAUUGUCCAAGCAUUUUGAUUCAAUUCAUUUUUUGCAAUGGUACAUAUUUGCUGGUUCAAACUUGCACAAAUAUCAAUUAUCAUUCGAGAUGCGAAGUAUGCGAAUCAUUCAAGACGCCAUCGAUACUGCAAUUGCACUAGGGGCGCAACGUGAAAAAAUCAUUCUAGGCAUACAAUUUUUACCGAGUGUCUUCGACAAUUUUUCCGGGGUGGAGAAAUUUGGAUACGCCACAGUGUGUGAUUUGAAUGGAAAAUAUAACAUUGAACACGGUUUGAAUGCGGCCAAAAAACCAUUGCCAAUGCCACUUUGGACGUUUUUGCCAGAUUUCGAGCAAUACAUUUUUGAAAGCGGCCGUUCAAUUGCCAACAAAGUUCGAUUCGCUGUACGACGGAAUUUAGGCGGAAUUAUGGCAUUCCCGAUCAAUUACGAUGAUUCCGAUGGAUCUUGUCGAAUUGAAAACAACACUUUUAUCGAUUAUAAGGCAGUUCCUCGAGAUACAUUGCAAAGAUUUUCAACUUUUCCACUGUUACACACCAUAAAUAACGCGAUUUUGGUGGCGAAAAAGGAAAAAAGCGACGAAAAUCGAAUUGGAAGUGAGAGCAAAAUUCGAAACGGUUCAUUUGAGAACAAAAAUGUUGUGUGUUACACACUAACGAAACCCGAUCGCAAAUUGAGCUCUACUCCAAUUGAGAAUGUUGACCUGAAUUUAUGCACGCAUCUCAUUUGCAUCGAUGAUAUUUGGAGUACAGCGGAGAGCGAAGAACCAUGGCGAAAAUCAACCGGAAAAAUCGAUUACAAGCGAUUUACAAAUUUACGACAGACAUAUCCGCAUUUGAAUAUUGCAAUGGCUGUUAAACAUUCAUUAGCUGAGUACUUUGAAAUAGUUAAUGAUUCAGAACGACGUCGAGAAUUUAUUGAAAAUUGGACAGAAUUCGCUUUGAACAGCCAUUUCGAUGGACUGAAUAUGGUUUGGGAUCUUUCGAAGGCAAGGUCCCUUACACCUACUCCAUUAACCGCCGACGACAACAUCUAUAAUUUUAUAAAUGACCUAUCAACGAGCUUGCACAGUAAAAGUCUAUCCUUAACAUUAUCGUUCAUUGGUAUCGACACGCAGUUAGCAAAAUCACUGAACAUUCUCAGUCUUUCGGAACACGUUGAUCUAAUAAACUUCCUGCAGUUGUAUGAUUUCCGAGCAUAUUCUGGGAAAAUGGCCUUCGGUAUGUUAAAUGUCACAAACCAAAUGCGAAUGUUUGACAACUUAAUCGAAAUGGGUGUGUCGCCAAUGAAAAUAGCUAUGGGAAUUCAGUUUCUGGCGCAUAAAUUCAAUCAUAGAGAAGAUGUCAUCGAAUUCGAAGAGACGAUGGGAAUGAGUCGGGCAUGUGAAAUAUGGAAAAAGAACCGUGUUGCCAACAUACUCAUGAGAAGAAAUUCACAACCCAAAACGAUAGAAUUUGAAACAUUUGACGCGCUUGCAAGGAAAGUGGCAUUUGUUAGGAGUCGGAAUUUGGCUGGGAUCGUCAUUUUGCCUGUUAAUACAGAUGACUUUCUCGAAAAAUGCGGCGAAAAUAAUGCGAAAAAUCCAUUUGAUGAUUAUGAAAAUUCUAAUCCAUAUUUACGAAUAGUAUAUCAAGAGAUGUUUGAAGAAACCAAAGGUGUUUUAGGUUAA